CAUCGAUCCUACGAAAAAAUCACAGGUUCGCGAUUACAUGACUAUGUUGACGUUGUUCAACAAAAUCAUAACCAAAACCCCCCACUCUGAAGAAUCAGAGUAUGAAGUCUGCUUGGUCGGUUUUCCAAUCAACACGAUCCUCCAUUGGACUAUGGGCACACCUUCAGGCUUCACCACGUUCGUCAACUUCAAGGUGAACGCCUAGUUCAAAGAGAUGUUCACCGUCUGGGAAUCUUUCCUCGCCUCAUCCAAUUCAUGCUUCGUCGGUUGGGAGUGCCGCCAUGCCCAACUUGGCCACAACAUACGUGUGCGAUCCCUCCGUGCUGUACUACGGAUUCAAAUCCUGGGACGACUUCUUCACCAGACAGUUCCAGCCUGGCGUGCGGCCCGUCAUGUACCCAGAGGACA